AAGAGACCUUUUCAGAGCAGCACACGGAGGUUUUUAUUAGAUGCCCGCAUAAGUGAAAGGCAAGGAGACUUUCCCAACUUUCCUCGGGCAGGAGCAAAGCAGGGAGGGAGGGGCUGCUGCCCAGUGGGAGAAGGAGCCUGAAGUGCUGGAGCCGGAUGUGUUCUCUCCUCCGGAUCUGCCAGCCAAUCACAAGCUGCAAAGCGUCCUGUUCUGACGCCAGUUCCUUUGUGUGUAGCCGGCAGGCUUGAAGAGGAGCCUUGUCACUUGGUGCUGAUUAUCUGGCAGCGGUGCCUUUAAAUCAGCCCCCCAGACCUCCAGGCAAGCGCCCCCUGCUAUUGCACAAUGCCAUUUGACUUUAGGAGAUUUGAUAUUUACCGGAAAGUGCCCAAAGACUUGACGCAGCCAACGUAUACAGGAGCUAUAAUUUCCAUCUGCUGCUGUCUUUUCAUUACGUUCCUCUUCUUGUCUGAGCUCACUGGAUUUAUUGCCAACGAGAUUGUUAACGAACUGUAUGUUGAUGACCCAGAUAAGAACAGUGGUGGGAAAAUAGAAGUGACUCUAAACGUCAGCUUACCCAACCUCGCUUGUGAAGUGGUGGGGCUGGAUAUUCAAGAUGAAAUGGGAAGGCAUGAAGUUGGUCACAUCGACAAUUCUAUGAAAAUCCCUAUAAAUAAUGCACAUGGCUGCAGAUUUGAAGGCUUCUUUAGCAUUAACAAGGUUCCAGGAAACUUCCAUGUAUCUACACACAGCGCCAUGGCCCAGCCAGCAAACCCUGACAUGAGACAUAUUAUUCACAAGCUGAGCUUUGGUAACACAUUGCAGGUUGAGAACAUUCAUGGUGCUUUCAAUGCCUUAGGAGGAGCAGAUAAACUGGCCUCACAAGCUUUGGAAUCCCAUGAUUAUGUCCUAAAGAUUGUGCCGACUGUAUAUGAAGACAUGAAUGGGGAGCAGCAAUUUUCAUACCAAUAUACGGUGGCUAAUAAGGCAUAUGUUGCAUACAGCCAUACAGGGCGCGUAGUACCUGCCAUCUGGUUCCGGUAUGACUUGAGUCCAAUCACUGUCAAAUACACAGAGAGGCGACAGCCAAUAUACAGGUUUAUAACCACGGUUUGUGCUAUCAUCGGGGGAACAUUCACAGUCGCUGGGAUUUUGGACUCUUUCAUUUUCACAGCUUCAGAAGCCUGGAAAAAAAUCCAGCUUGGGAAGAUGCAGUAGAAAAGGUGUCCUGCACCAUUUUAUUGCGGGACUGGAACAAUCAGGAGAAACACCAAUACAUUAGGAAACAAAUUUUGGGUUUUAUUUCUUAGAAUAUAAAUGAUGAGCAAACGCAAUAUCUCAGACCUAGCCAGAUGCAGCUAGGUAUUCAGGCAGGUACAUCCCCUUUAGUGUUAACUCACAUUUAUUUACAUGCUGUGUAGAGUGGCCAGCAGCCAUUGUGUUUAUCUGUGUAUAGUGGCUCAGUUAUUUUAGCCUAAUGUGGGACAAAAAAAAAACAGUUGCUGGCACUCCAUCUGUUUUAGAACUACAAAUCUCAGCAUCCCAUUGCUAGCAGUGAGAGAUCCUGGGUGUUGUAGUACUGCAGUGUUUGCAGUGUCACAAGUUGCCUAUCCCUGACGUAAUGUGACUUGAGAUUAUAAGGUACAAAGGGUCCUUGCUGUGUUGCUUAUAAUGUAACAUGGUGCCUCCUUCCUAUUCAGCUGCUGAUAUCAUGGCUACACGCUAAGCUUUUGUGUGUGUCAUGCAGGAACUCAUAGUUACACAUGGAGACUUAUAGGGGGACAUUACACAGCUUUGUUCAGCAUACAAUAACCAUUUUUCUUUAAAAUGCCUUACAAAGUGGGAGCUUUACAAACUACUGCCCCUUUUAUUCAGAGUCUGCCCCCCAGCAUCAUGCUUGAGAGCACAAGCAGUCGAACAGGAAUAUACUGCAAUUUAGAGGUGUUUUACAGGGGCGACUGCCCCAUUAUCAACAGAAGUCAUCUAUUGUUUUGUGCUGAACAAAGAUGUGUAUUUAAGCCUUUAUAAUAAAAAUGAAUUAUAUAAUUCAUUUCCAUCAAAGAAGUAAUAUUUUUAUUACAAUAUUCAAUUAUUUAUUGCUGCCAAGGUAAAUUGCAUGUUAAUAUCAUAAAAAGUGCCAUUGGGUCCUAAAUCCCUAUACAUUACUCUUCAGAAGCAACAACAAAUGUUCACAAGAGGAUUUUUUUUAGGUGUGGCAUUAAAUAACUCCUGUACGUCCUUUCCUCUUUGCAUUUUAUUCUCUUUAAUAGCUGAGGCACCACAGCAGGACAUAUUUUGCAACACAGAGAUUGACAGUGUGAUGUUCUUAUAAAAAGAUGUAAUUUAUAUUAGGUGAUUCCCUGCUGUAGGUUUGGUGACCAGUCCGUAAAGCUAGUUAUAUGAUUACUUAUCUAAAAGUGAGUGAGUUUGAACAAUUCACACAAUUCCUUGGUGCUGUCCAGUUUUUCUGUGCAUGGGGCAGAUUAAUUAACAUACCCAAUGCUUCAGGGCUGGGAUUUAUUAAUAUAAUGAAAUCAGACGAGGAAGAUUGUGUAGCUUUAAGCAGUGUUUUGGGCCAUAAAAAAAUCUCUUCAAGGGCUGCAGCUUCUGUCCUACCAUAUAUCUGUGCAAACUGAUUUUGGUUUCAAGAUGGCAAACUUGUGGCUCUCCAGAGAGCUGUAGUAGUUAAUACUGAAUAGUCAUUCUUCCCAGCCUUAUAACACGUAAAGGUGGGCCAUACACAGGCAGAUUUAAGUUGCCAAUUUGGGUCCUUCAGUCUGAGUUGGCAGGUUAUCAGCUCAUGUAUGUGGCACUGUGAUGGGCCUCACCCUAUCUGGGCAAAAAUUUGGCAGAUAUCAAUUUGACAGGUGAUGACUGCAUUGGCUCGUGGAUGUGGUCCUCAGUCCAAAGGACUGUAUCCCUGUCAUUGUGAUCCGAUAGUUUAGUUCUAGAGCUGAUUGAUUGGAUCAGUCCAAUAUCAUCCACCUCAACGUGGUUAUAUUGGGGGAGAGAGCCACUCACAUCGACAAACAAGCAGAACUUUCAAUGUAUGGCCACUUUUAGUGUUAAGGGACCUUUAACCUUUUCUUAUUUCAUUCAUCAAGAUCAUGGGAGGCUUAUGUCUCACUUAAAAGGGAACAUUUCAGUCCCGUUUAGUGGGUGUUAAAGGGGAUAUUGUGUGUUUAUAUACAAAAUGUUUAAUUUCAUUCUUAGAAACUCCCAAUAUACAUUCAGUUUAAAGGGUAUUUGUCAACUUUCUAUUUAUAAUUUGGGUUUAGCUUCUCUUUCCCUUAUGUAUAAGGGUAGCAGAACCUCCUUUUUUGUGUAUUAACCUUUAGGCAAUAAUACAUAGGCCAGUGUUACAUGGCAUCCAACCUAUGAACCCAUGGCCUGUAGAAGGAGAAUGUUAUAUGCACACGAUAAGUUAUGCGAUAAGCUCUUAUGUUACUAAAUGAAGAUAAAUAAAAGGCAAGUCAUACCAGUGAAGAUAAUAGUUACAGUGUGUUUUAAAAGUGUUUGGAAGCUUUGUAUUAGAUGGUACUCUGACCCAACAGGUAAAGUCCUCUCUUUAGUUGUGUUGGACGUGACCUGGCCAGUGACAGUGAACUUCUCACUGAAAAAGCUCAGUGCUGGUCAGCGUUGCCCUUAGCAAUGUUAGUUAUGAGAUUGUAAUCAGUCUUUACAUAAUCGUUCCAAAUUAAAGGAAGUCAUGUGGUCACAGCACACAGUGUAUUGCGUUCAUACUACACACAAGGUUGCUAGAGGCAAUCAUGCGCUAUGUAAUUAAAGUUGCUGUUUUAUUAUUGUCAUUUUGCAGGAGAGCCACAAAAUCCCAGUACUUGGGGGUGAUUUGUUUAACAAGGGAGUGAAUAUUCAAGGGGAAGAAAACACACAGGCCUAGACUAGUGCUGACAAGCCUCUAUAGUGAUUUUGAGCUGAUUUUUGCUUGCAGUGUACUUGACCACACAAACUUCCAGUGUCAGCCAUAUUGCUCAGUUGUGUAACCACCACAAUUGGGUCUAGUUUAUUAUGGCCAUAACUAUCCUGCUCUGGAUCAGUUUGGGCUCAGCAUUUGGGUGGGUGGCAGAGUUACCUGCAGGAACGUGACAUUACUACUUAUGUGCCAUUUGGUCUCAGUGCUGUUAAAGUGAUACUAUUAACUUUAACUGUGCAUUCCAUUUACUGGUGUUUGUGAUAUCAAAUUUGUGCCAUAAAUUUACAUGGAUAUAUUAAGAAGAUAUUGCAUAAUUCAUGUAUAUCUAUAUCAUGUUAAACAGAAGCUUCCAUAUUAAUUUGUAUUCUCUGGCUUAUAGUAAAGAUGAGCUAGAUGUGGAAUCUGGAAUUGGACGUGCAAUAUUUCCGUUAUUAUUGUGUAAGACAUAUCCAAAGAAUAAAUAAAACAAAGCGAUGGGGACAAGGGGGGUUCUUUAUUGUAUGCACCUAUGUGGUGCAAGUUUAGUGGCUGAAAUCUACUACUGUUGCUGCUAAUUAGGUCUUGUCCUUUGCAUUUGUACAAAUAUGUAUAUAAUGUUACAUUGGGAUCUGUUACUAUCUUUCACAUUGUUACAUAGGUCAUUCCAUGAAUGAUAUAGGCAUGUCAGUGACUGGACUUGCUGCUAGCCAAGUUGACAGGUUGUGGGCUGUUUUUAGGCAUCAUUGCCCCCUUAUGGUGUAGCCUGUUACCUGUGUUCCUUUUAGUUUUUAAAUGUUGCCUUCCAUUAGUACUUGAAUAAUGAUUAGGAGAUCUGCUACAGUGGGGAAUUCCUCCACACAACAUGGAUUUAGUAGCUGGCCCACAAAAUAAACAGCAUUUAUAAAUUCAGGAGAACCAUUGUAUCAGUGGCAGCAGCCUAAUACCUGUGUGAUUGGCAUACAAUGCUAGACUUAACAGUGCCCGUACUGUUUGCUGGGGAAUGCUUGGAUCUGUAGUUAAAAAAAGAGAAAUGCCAGCUGUGAAUUCCUGCUUUAAAUACGUGUGCCCUUCUGUAAUUCAUUAAAGGGAUAUCCACCCUUUCUUAAAGCAUUUGCCAAAAUAAAUUUAUCACAGGCAGAAGAGAAAAUUGCACAGCAAAAAACAGAUAUUUUUGGAGAAAUUUGUUACAUAUUUUCUCUGUGAUAAAUGAUAAAUACAUAUCACACAAAAUCAUACAUGCAUGUAACCAUUACAGACUAGGGAAUGUCUGAGAUAUUAUGUCUGUUUGCAUUUAAUGAGGGAAGCAAUAAAACUGGGGGCUUGUGUGUGUUUGGGGUGGGAUGGUUUUUCAUAUGUAGAAAUCUAAUGACAGGUGAUAAAUGAAGGAAUAAGCGCUCUCUAUAUUUAGGAAUAAUCCUGGGGUUGUGCAAAUAAACAUCCCUAUUGUAGGAAGUAUAGUAUUGUUCUAUCUACCUCUAAGGUCUUAUAGUUCUAUAAUCAGCCCCUUUUGCUUGUUAAAAUUGAAUGCUCAGUGUUGUCGUUGUAGCGGAGGCUUAAUAAUGUGUAAUAUGAAGGCAACUGCCACGCGGUGCCUGCAUGCAAUCGAGACAGAGAACUCCCCCCCGCUCCAAUCUGCUUUAUGGUGUAUCUAAGGCAAUGGAUCGGCCUGGGUGCGGACACAUGGAGCAGAUUUCAGCACAAAAAUGCAUACCUACACCUUUCAGCACUGAAACCUGCUCUGGGUGUCUCCACUCAGGCCAAUGCAGUGCCAAUGCAGCGUCACACUAUAAAGCAGACUAAAGCGGAGGGAUGGUCUAUUUGCUUGCAGAAAACUGCCGUAUGUGGCCAUAGCCAUAAACCGUAGGACCAAAAUAAUAAACACUAAACACAUUUAUUAAACAUCCACCAGUGUUUAGUGGAUUUACUUUAUAAUGGGAAUUGUUUCCCUUAAGGCUAAUGUCAGUUUGCUAUUUUCUCAAUACCGCUUACAACCGCUUGGUGUCUGUAGUCGUCGGUCAGUGCCCAUGGGGCUGAUUUUGCCUUGGCAUGCCUUGGCAUGUGGACCAAAAUCUUGAGCAUUGAGAUGUUGAACCCUACUAGACGUGAAGUUAAUCCAAGGGUAGAGCAUUCCUUAUAUGCAUAUAUACACAGGCAAUAGCUGCCAUAUUGCUGACUGCAUUACUCAUACACUUACUGUAUGCCCGAUUACAAGAAUGUUGAAUUUCAGUAAGCGAUAAGGCACCUGACAUAUGCAGAGAAGGAAUGUUGUGCGCUAGUUAUAUGAUCAUGCUCUUCCCUUGGGAAGCAAAGGGAUGCUUAGCGGUACUAAUACAUGGGGCCAUAUUUAUUAUAGUGUUUAAGCCAACAUCCCCAGUGAUGUUGUCCAUAGCAACCAAUCAGCAAAAAGAUUUGAACAUUCACCUACAAGUGUGAAAACAAAAGCAAAGAUACAGUAGGUGAAUGUUCAAAUCUUAUUGCUGAUUGGUUGCUAUGGGCAACAUCCAAUUACACAUUGUAAUAAAUAUGCCUCCAUACAGUACAUUUUACAAGCAUAACGUGGGCAGUAGCUAUCUCAAUGCAAUGCAAUGGGGCAGCUUUAUCACACUGACUUUGAAUGGCAUUUCUGACAAUAACUGGUAUCUCCGGGAUUCCCAUGAGAUUAGUUCAUGGUUUCUUGUUGUUAAUGCACUACCAGAAAUUGCUGAUUCUUACAAUAAUGUCACAUGGCUGAUAGCAUAACAUCACCUAUUGGCUUGGAGGAAGAUGAUGGGAGAUUCAACACAAAUAUUCUUUGCCAAAACCGAUUUUAUGUGAUUUUUUUUGUCUUGCUUUUAUUGUUAUUUACAGAUAAAGGGAAUAAUGUAAGUAAAUGUGUGACUGUUGGGAAGAGCAGGGGAAUAUUGUGCAAUCUGUAUCAUUGAUUUUACUUUUAGACCUUUUUUUAAGAAACAAAAAACCUUGAAAUAAAGGAAUACUUUGUAAA